AUGACCGUAUUGUUACUUUUGUUGGAAUCAGCAAGCGGUCAAGAAUGUGAAUCCCGUUAUUUCUCACUGGACUACUGCGGUAGCACAUACACCAAUUGCACCUAUAGUAUCUUCAAGUACCAUGAACCCAAAAGCAACCUCGUUUCAAGUAUCGGACGUGGAUGUGGUGAGAGCACAAAACAAGUAUGCAAGGGCAAGGACUGGUUAGGUUGUAUGAAUUCGCCCCAAUGCGUAUGGUGGCAAACGUAUAGCAGAGACGACCCUACAAAAGAGGACAACGGAUGUCGAGAAUUUGAUUGUUCUUAUGGCUUGACUGAGGACUACUGUGGUCAAUUCAAGGAUUGUGUCUUUGACCAAAAGGAUUCCAAUUUUAGAAACAUCGAUGAUUCACCUUGGAAUGUAGAGGGCUACUGGAGACGUGCUUUAGCAGCCUUUUAG